GGAAGAGAGGGGUCAUGGCAUAGCGACUCGAAACUUUUUUAUUCUUCCAAAUUUUUCUUUGCACUAUUCCGCGGCAUAAUAAUUUCAAAAACACAGAGAACCACCACUACUAGUACUAGGACUAUAAUUUUGAAUUAAGCUAAGAAAAAAGAAUAUGACUAUGCAGUGUAACUUUGUCUCAGUGUCGCCAGAAAGCGACUUUUCAAUCCAGAACCUGCCCUUUGGCGUGUGUACCACGAGCGGUUCCGAGGCACCCCAUGUAACAGUGGCGAUUGGCGACUACGCACUCAACAUGGCGACUCUAGCAAAGCUGGACCUGUUCCAGAGCAUCAAAGGAUUCGAUGCAGAGUCCGUGUUCAGCAAGCCGUACCUGAACGACUACAUGUCUCUCGGGCGCAGCGUCUGGCAGGCAGUCCGCCAUGAGCUGCAGGACUUUCUCAGCAACACACACAAUGCACUUCGCAGCCAGAUAUCGGCAUCCGACGCAUCAGUGGUGACGCCCCUGCGCGAGGUGCAGAUGCACUUGCCGGCGAGAAUCGGGGACUACACGGACUUUUACGCAUCGCGGGAGCAUGCAACCAACGUUGGAAUAAUGUUUCGCGGCAAGGACAAUGCGCUGAUGCCCAACUGGACGCAUCUACCGGUUGGGUACCAUGGUCGGGCAUCCAGCAUAGUGGUCUCGGGCACACCGCUGCACCGGCCCAAUGGCCAGAAGCGGCUGGACCAAACAAAGCCCCCGGUUUUUGGGCCCUCAGCGCGGCUGGAUUAUGAGCUGGAGAUGGCCUACUUUGUCGGACCCGGCAACAACCUGGGAACGCCGUUGACGCUGCAGCAAGCCGAGGAGUCCAUUUUUGGCGCUGUUCUGAUGAAUGACUGGAGCGCACGCGAUAUCCAGGCAUGGGAGUACGUGCCCUUGGGCCCCUUUUUGGGCAAAAGCUUUGGCACGACUAUUUCACCCUGGGUGGUCACCAUGGAUGCGCUCGAGCUCUUCCGCGUGCCGCAGCCAACCCAGGAACCCAAACCCCUGCCAUACCUUUGCGAUGAGAGCGGCAGUCCGGCAGGGUACGACAUUCACCUUGCGGUCGACAUUAAGCCCAAAGAGGGAAGUGAGUUUUACCCGUUGACUCGGUCGAACCUCAAGUACAUGUACUGGUCGCUCCGGCAGCAGCUCACACACCAUGCUAUUAACGGGUGCAAUAUGCGCCCGGGCGAUCUCUGUGGCACUGGCACCAUUAGUGGGCCUGCUGAGGAGAGCUUUGGCUCGAUGCUGGAGCUCUCGUGGUCUGGGCAGAAGGAUAUUACCUUGGGUGAUUCUGGCAUCACGCGCAAGUUCAUCGAGGACAAUGACGUAAUCCGAUUUUCGGGAUACUGCCAGGGCGAUGGCUUCCGCGUGGGCUUUGGACAAUGCGUCGGCGAAAUUCUGCCUGCCAAGCGGGCAUAGCGGUUUUCUCUUUAUUUUUUGUAAACUGUUGAAUUCAGUGGCGGCCAAGCGUCAGUAGUUGUCACAGCCAACGGGCCAUUAAGAAGAGAGAAAUGAAACAGAAGUAAAUAAGCCAUGUUGAUGCGACUGCAGCUGCAAGUGCACCAGCAUACAUUGGAGAAAACCCAGCUUUGUAUGGCAAGCCGAACAUUGUGCAUCAUGGAAAAGGCCUGCUGCCGCUGAAUAAGGGGGGUAGGGUUUUCAGCUGCACUCCUAUUAUACGCUAUAAUUUUUUGUCACAUGCUCGCACUUCAUUUUCCAAACAUGAAUUAUAAAAAAGUUUGGAGGCUUCAAAAUUGGAAGUGGAAGGUGG